UCUACAUCAAGUCCCCCACUGCUCUACAAUUCGCAAUGGCAACCCAUCGUGCUGCCGUGUCCCCUGCCAAGGGUCAACCCUUUGAAAUCCAACAUCGCCCGACCCCAAAGCCAGGACCAGGCGAGCUUCUCAUAGCCGUCAAGUCGGUCGCCAUCAACCCAGCGGAUGUUCGCAUGCGAGACGAGGGACUCUAUAUACCCAAACACCCCGCCGUCCUGGGCUUCGACCUCGCAGGCCUUGUCGUCGAUGUUGGUGAGGAGGUGCCCUCUCAUUUUCAGCGCGGCGUGACGCGCGUCGCUGCAUACUCUGCUUUCAUGUGGAAGCCAAGUUAUGAGAACUAUGGCGCGUUUCAGGAGAAAUAUCUAGUCCCGUGGCAGCAUGCUAUCCCUCUUGCCGACACCGGACUUUCAUGGAAUCACGCAGCGACCUUACCUGUUGCUGUCCAGGUACCGCUCUGUGCAUGGGAUAUUCUGGGAAUCUCUCGACUUGGUGAAGCUACGGCACCUCCUUCUUCUGAAAAGAACGAAGUCCUCCUGGUCUGGGGCGCCUCCUCGAGUGUCGGGACCAUGGGCGUCCACACGGCGAGCCUGCUGCGAGACGACCCCAACUCGCCCUUUUCAGCCAUCUACACCACAACUGGUGCUUCCAAUGUGGAUUACGUCGCGUCUUUGGGGGCAGAUUGUGUUUUCGACUACAAGGACCCGCAAGUGGUGGACACGAUCGUCACGACGGCGAAAGAGCGUGGGCUUGUGAUACGCCACUGCUUCCUCGCUACCGGUGACCUGUCAGCUUGUCAGGCUGUUCUCAAGGCUUUCGUGCCUUCAUUCCAGGGAAAAGAAACUCGAGGAACGCAAAAGGCAAAAGUUGCUUCGGCUCCUUUGAUUCCGCCGCAUGCAGAGAGCGUAGAUGGGGUGGAGACUGUAUUUGUGAUGCCCUCCAUGGACGAGAAGGAAGGGUUGAAGCAGUUUGAGUACUGGUUUGGGACUUAUAUCAGUGAGAAACUAGCCCAGGGAAUCAUCAAGCCGAGUCCUGGGCCGACCCUCGUGGGAAAGGGUUUGGAGGCUAUCAAUGCUGGGUUGAACCAGAUGACCAAGGGAGUCAGCUGCACCAAGUUGGUCGUCGAGAUAUCUGAAUGA